AUGCUCCAGGAAGGAAGUAACGAUACCCAGUCAAAAGUGCUAGACAAUGUUUAUGAGCAGGCCAUGCUACGGGUUCAAGGCCAAGCCAAAGACCGCCAAGAGCUUGCUAUGCGAACCUUGUCUUUUAUCGCCUGUGCGAAUAGACGCCUUACAUCUGAUAUCGGACUCAUAGUCUCUGUAUGCGCUGGCCUGGUUAUUGUUGAUAAGAACAUUGAUAUUAUCCGCUUGGUCCACUACACCAUACAAGAAUAUUUCGAGCGCACUUGGCAGUCCUGGUUUCCCAAUGCCCACACCGAUAUGGCGAAGGCAUGCACUACUUACCUGUUGUUCAAGGAUUUUGAAACCGGUUUUUGCUCGAGAAUUGAGUCUCUAAGAGAGAGACUACAGUCAUGUGUUCUCUAUGACUAUGCGUCAAAGAACUGGGGAUACCACGCCAUGAUGUCCACGAUUGAAGGAGAAAGAUUGGUUUUAGAUCUCCUGCAGAGCACUGGCAAGAUAUCGGCAUGCACCCAAUCUAUGGUGUACGAGGAAGACCGGUCUUAUUUUCAACUGAAACUAUAUAACAGGUCCGCAUCAGUCUUGCUCGAGAGCAAUGCAGAGAUUGACCCCAAGGAUGCUAAGGGAGGAACCCCCUCGAUAUGGGCAGUUAAGAAGGGUUAUGUGGAGGUGGUACACUUACUACUUAAGAAUGGUCCCGAUGUGGAGGCAAAGGAUGAGGAUCGCAGAACCAGUCUCUCGUGGGCAGCUGAAAUUGGAAAUAACGAGAUUGUGAAUCUACUCCUUGCAACGGAUCGGGUAGAUGUUAAUUCUCAAGACAAUCCUCUCGCUGGACAGGGGGGUAGGUCAUUAGCAUAUGCGGAAACGAAGGGACAUAAGACUGUAGUCGAACUCCUGCUUGCUCAACCCGAUACAAUCCCAGAUAUCAAGUCAGGGUUUCAUUUCAAAUGGGCAGGUCGAACGCCGUUAUCAUAUGCAGCAGAGUAUGGACAUGAGGCAGUAGUCAAGCUACUCCUCGCCCAACCAGGUGUGCAAAUAUAUUCGAAGGCUACUGGUACGUAUUUCACUAGCAGAACACCACUAUCAUUUGCAGCUGAGAAUGUCAAUGUGGAGGUCGUAAAGAUACUACUCAAGAAUGGUGCCAAUGUUGUGUCUGAGGAUAUCAAUGGCCGGACUCCACUCUCAUGGGCAAAGGAGGAAGUGAAGCAGCUGCUUUUGGAGAAGGUGUCUAGUCGAAGGCAGUCAUCCAAGACAGAGAAUUGA